UGUCCCAAACAAAAAUGUUCGAAACGAAAAAACAAACACAAAGCAAUUUCUGAGUUUUCAUUCAGAACGUUAAGGGCUGUGGAACCGCGAUGAUCCACCAGCAUAAUGGAUAUACCCGAGUCUGUAUCAGUGCGCAAAUUUCGCGAAUUCAAUGCGCGCCAGAAGCAGGAGCUAUACGAAACCCUAUUGGAGCUGGCCGAAUCAUUGGAGGAGUUGCCCAAGAAAUCAUUGCGCAAGACUCUCGAACUAACAUUGGCCGUAAUGCAAUACAAGGGCGAUCAGGUGAUGCAACAGAAACUGGAUGCAGGUGGACGACUACAAGAUGAGAAUGAGAAACUGAAGAGGAUGCUGCAAAAACUGGAGGACGAUCGCGAUGCAUUGAAAACAAAAACGAAGGAACUUAGUGAGCAAAUAAAACAUCUGGAGCAACGUCUAAGAGAGGCAGCCCAACAGGCGGAGACCAGUGAUAAGGAUUCAUCGGAUCCUCUAUCCGAAUUGGAUAAACAAGAACAAUUGCUACAGAAUAUCGAUGCUAAGAAUAAGCACAUCAAACGUUUGCUUCGAGAAAUUGAGACUCUCCAGAAUCAGAAUAUUGCCCAAGCCAAGACCAUUGUGGUCCAUGAGCAGGAAUUGCAGCAAAUUAAAAAUAAUCUUAUACAACUAAGUCAGGAUAUCACACAAGUGGAGGAUGAACGUAAAUCUCUAAAACAGAAGGAGGCACAGCAAAGUUUAGAAAUCUCACGGCUGGAGGGGAAUGUGACAUUCCUUGAGGAUGAGCGUAGCAAACAGGAUCAGGAAAUGCGUCAGUUAUUGGAUAAAUUUGAGAGUCAAUGUCUCAACUGGAAACAUGCCCUGGACGAGAAAGACAAGGAGGUGCAUCAAUUGAAAAGGCAAUUGGAGGCCAACAGCUCCAAACUGCAUCCUCGCUCUGCCAACAAAUUGAAAGGCAAUCAAAGGGCUCUAGAUGAUGAGGAGCAAAUAAAAUUGCGUCAUUUAUUAGAAAGUCGCGAGCAACGUAUAGAAAAACUAGAAGAAAAACUCAAAUCGAUGGCCUAUGAAAUGAUUAGCUCCACAAAGGUAAUGAAUCAACUGUGUGUGGAACGUGAACGUUCACAGAAUCCCCAACAGCCGCGAGCCUGUUGUCAAUUGAUUGAGGAACGUCUCCGUGUGGCCAAUACGCGAUGUGAACAAUUGUCCGAGCAGCUGGAUACAUGUGAGGCGGAUAAUGUUUUGAAAUCCAAGCAGGCAUUGCAUGCCCUCAAUGCCUUGGAAUCGUAUAAACGUGGCGAAGAUGGCCUCAUACCAGCUUUGCGACGUUGCUCGGGCUUAGAGCAGAAAUUGGCCGAAAGGGAGAAACAAUUGCGAGGCUAUGUGCAGGAAUUGAAUGCCAUGCAUGAGAUUGGUCAGGAGAAUGAGCUGCUGCGUCGUAAACUUAAUAUACCCGAGGAUAUGAUAGUUUUGGCUAGUAAAAAUGCCAGAGCCAAGCAAAGGAAUAAGGACAAGCAGAUUGAGAGAUUAAUGCUUAAGCUGCGAACAUCGGAGGAACUGCGUCUGCAACUAAAACUGGACAAGAGUGAAAUGAGGCGCCAAUUAAUGGAACAACAGCGAGGAGGAGAUCAUCACUUGAAGAAUACCAAAUUGAAUGAUGAUGAUUCAACUCACCAACAAGCAGCCAGUGAAGUGGGUGAAGUGCCCUCAUCAUCUAGUCAUCCUCUAAUGGACAAUUCACCGCGUCGUGGUCAGGGCGAUGGAGCAGCUAGCUCUGAAUUGCAAACCCGUUACGAUGAAGUUCUAGCCGAGAAUGAAACUCUGCGCAUGGGAAUGUAUGAAAUACUCGAAAGAUUACGAGAAUAUGAUGCCACCUCCGAGCAUAUAACCAUAGAUUCGGAACUAUUGCGUCGCCUCAUUGACAUAAUGCCAGCUGGGACAGGAGGAGGAUCAGCGACACCGCAACGUUUACAGGGACAAUUGCUAGAGCUAAAGGCACGAGAGGAAACCCUAAGGCAAUUGUUGCUGCAACAGCAGCAACAACUACAGCAACAAAAUGCCAGCGAUGAAUCCGAAACGGGUGAACUUUCGUCUGUACAGAGUCUAAGUGAAAUGCCAAAAGAUCCCUCCAUGCCAGAUGUAAGAGACCCGAAUGUCAUCAUUAAUACAGCCACCAGACCAAGUACGCCCACGGAGCACCUUCAAUUGCCCAUAAUCUCAGAUCUGCAGCCAUCCGAACAGGCAGAACUCUCGAUGCUCCGUCAACAUUUGGAGGAAAUGCGUUUGCAUAUCUCGGCCGAUGAUAAUGAACUGAAACAUUAUAAUCAAUCGCUGCACGAUCAGUUACUGAAUGUGGAAUUGCAAUUGGAACAGCAAAAGAACUCUUAUGCAAUUAUAUUGAAAGAUUACGAUGAACUUCUUACACAACAAAAAGCCAAGGAGCAAAUCCAUAUAGAUGAUAAGGCGAAAUGGUCAUUAAAACUAGAGGAAAGUAAAUCAGAGUUAAUGGCAAUGCGUCAGCAAUUGGAAAUUGCCCUAAAUGGCCGAAAUCUAUUGUAUACACUGGAAGAGCAACAGCAAUUGGAGCAACGUAAUGCCCGUUUGAGUAUGCAUUUGGCCCAGGCCAUGGAACAAUUGUUGGGUGAACUGAAGCUAAGCGAUAUUUGCAUGGAAUAUGGCAUUAUAGAUGAUAACUAUCAAGUCGAAUAUAUAACAACGGAGGAGUAUGAAAGACAGCGACAUGAACUAACCAAUUGGCAAAGCAAACAGUCCGAAUUGCAAAGAGAGAAUAAACAAUUGGAGAAUUUGUUAGCUGUGGCCCAGGAACAGAUACAAUCACAACAAAGAUUACUCAACGAAUUGACCGACAACCAUAUCAAUUUACGUCAUUUAGUGGCCGAUUUACAAAGCACUGGCCAAGAAAAACUUAUGUUGGCCAAAAUGCAAAGAGAGUUGGAUAGUGCCAAAACAGAAUGCUCUGCCAUUAAGAACGAAUUGGAACAGGUUCAGGCCAAGGCAAACUAUUUGCAGAGCCAACUUCAAGAAGCUGAGAAUACCAUAGAGAAAAAUCAAAAGGACUUCCAAGUGGGAAGACUCAAUAGUCACAUAAAGCAAAAAUUCCUACAACGUUCCCUGCUUAGUUUAAGGGAGAAAUAUGCCAAAUUCACACCUUUGAUCUUCCUAAAUAACUUUGUCUUCUCGUAUCAAAAAUUCCAAAGGCAAUUGAAAGAGCACCAACAGCAGCAGCAACAGCAGCCACUUCAAUUGGAGAACUCUCCGCUUAUUCCAUUGAUAAGCGAAGCAGUUAAAUCCAAGUUAAGCCAUGAUAAUUCUCAGCAGGUGAUUAAACUAAUCAAAUCGGAGACUCAAACAAAACUCUUGGAGCAGCGUUGCGAGAGUCUUUAUUUGAAGCAAGAAGAGCUUCAAAAGGAGCUGGAUGAGGUGAGAAUGCAACAGGCCAGUGAAUCGGAACAUUGGCAGACUAUACAAGCCUUAUUCGGUGUACAAUUGGAGAGUAAAACCACCAGAGAUGAAGCCACCAACACCGAAUCCACACCAGCUUCGAUUCCUCCAGUGCCUGCCAUACGCAAGAAUGGAGCCAAUCAGAUUACGAUGAUAGACAGGCAAUCAUCACCUUUAGUUUCUCCCAGAAGGCAGCUGCAACAGCAGCAAACUCAAACCAUGACCGCUUCCCUCGAGACGGCGGCCGUGCAGACCAAUGGAAGCCUUCAACGGGAGGAUCAGUCAGUGCAAACAUUGCAAAACGAAGUCGAGGACAAGCAACAAUUGCAGCAAUUGGAAAAAGCAUUAAUGGAAGCCCAUCAGCGUAUUGAUGAACUGGAGAGCAAAUCCCCCAAAGAGCCACCAGAGAGUCCUCAUAGUGGAGUGGUUGAGAAAACCAUUCUAUCUUUCCAUACAUUACUCCUUGAAAAGGAUCAAUCUAUACAGAAAUAUCAGGAUCUAUUGCAGACCGAGAGAGAGCAAAAUCAACAGAUAUUAAGUAAACACAAAGAGGAAAAUGAAUUCCUCAAGGCGACGGUGAAUAAUCUGAAUUUCAAUAUCAAAACAAAGGAUGAGGAAAUUCUUGAAUUGAAAGCCAAACUAAAAGAGAAAUCACCUCAGGAGAAAAUUGAAAUUAUGGCUCCUACAUUGCCAUCCAAUUCAGAUAAUGAGCUAACCGAUGAGAGAAUUGAGGAGCUAUACGAAGUGGAGGAGGAAGAUCGUCACCAGGUAGUCGAAGAGGAUGUUGCCGAUGCGGAUGCGGAUGGGGAUGAGGAGGCAGAGGAACCAGAGAAACAGGAUACCGAAGAGCUCAAAGAGUUGCCAACUUUGCAUCGACAAAUCCGGGAACUUAAACAACAAUUGGAAUUCACCGAGCAAAAUCUAAAGACUCGUGAAGACGAAAUCGAUAUACUCAAAGAGAAACUGAAACUCUGCCAGGAGCGUGAGAAGACAAUGGAAACUCAGGUGCCCACAGAAUUGGAGCAGCUACGCAGUUUUGUAGAGGAGAAGGAUAAGCAUAUUAAGGAUCUAAUGGAUACUCUAAAGAACUUCCACGAGGACCAGCAACGUUAUAUGAAUGAUACUUCCAACUUUUCGGCUGAACAGAUUGCCAAAUUGGCAGCCAAUCUGAAUCGCACAGAGGCCACAAAUAAGAUUUAUCAUACACAAAUGGAGGCACUGCGUCGUCAAUUGACCAAUGUCACUCAACGGGAGAAGCAGGCACGUGAGUUGUGUCAAUCUUUGCGCCAGCAAUUACUUAAGCGACCCGUGGUGUCCAUUAAAACGGAGCUAAACGCUCGAGUGAAGAAUGAGAAUCUACAGAAACGUAUACAGCAAUUGGAACAAGAGCUGGAUGAUGCUCGGAAUCAAUUGCAGCGGCAACAGCAUCUAUUGGAUGCCAAACGGACGCGUAGCGCCAAUGAGGUUGGUCUCUGGGAGAAGCAGAAACGCUGGCAACAACAGGCCGAGAAGUGUAAAACUAAGCUGGAAGAGACAGAGGUGACACUGGACAAGACUAGAGCUCUGUUGCAGGCGGCAAGGAAUACCAUAGCCCGACUGGAGAAGGAUAAACAUCUGAUGGAGAGUAAAUUGGGACGUGGCACAAAUGCUCCAGUGGGAGGUCAUUCAUUGAAAUGUUGUCGUACACCCUCCUGCCCGAAUUUACAGCAUGUGGGUCAGGUGGGGAAGUUCACACCAUCACCGUCAGAGAGUCCCGAAACGUAUACGACAGGGCCAAGCAGUGAAUGCAGCUCUCCAACUCAUCAUCAUCAGCAACAUCAUUCCCAUCAUGGACAUUCGCAAGGGGUUCAACAGCAUUUCCAAGUGGAUUUGAUUGAGGCGCUAAAACAGCGCGUCGAAUUGCAGCAACGUAAAAUUCUGGCCAUGGAACUGGAGGGACGUGGCAGUAACGCCCUUACCACUGAAUUGGAGAAGCUUCAAGAGCGUCUGCAAUCGGUGGAGGCGCAAAAUAUACGCUUGGAGGCCAAGAACCUACAAUUACAACUGGAUACGGAUCUAUUGAGGCAAAGCGAUAGCAGUGAUCGACAACAGAAACGCAUUAAACACUUGGAGGACUAUAUUCUGGCCCUGAAGGAGGAAAUGGCCCGCAAUGAGUCGCGUCGUGAACUAUGCAAGUGCUCUGGCAUCAAGGUGAACACGCAUCAGGGACAAUCCGCCGAACAUACGAUCCUGUCGCUGCGUAAUCUUGUUGAGAAAUUGCGUUCGGAGAAUAAAUUCUUAAAGGAUGGCCGCCGUUCAACGGAAUCGCGUAGCUCAACCGAUUCCGAGCAGGUACGUUUGCAGCAACUUCAUAGCGAAGCUCUGGAAAAGAUUGCCACGCUCCAGAAAGAACUUCAUCAGCAACAGAGGAUUAAAUGCAGCCAAUGCAAUGGGCGCAGCAAAGAUGCCACCAAUGAAGAGCUCAAAUUAAUCAAGGAGCAGCUGGUAAAGAAGACCCAAUUGCUUCAAAAAGCCAAAGUUUUGCUCACACGGGCCGCUGCUAAAGAAAAUGUUUUGCGUGAGCAAUUAUCAAUGUGGAAGCGGAAGUGCUCGGAACUGCAAAAUGUGCCCGUGAUUGACGAAAUUAGUGAAUAAAUUCUUAUUUUUAUUUUA